AUGGGCAUGAAAGGUAUGGAUGCGGAUCUAGCUACAGCGAUUCGCACCGUUAUCAUCCUGGCACUUGCCUGGGGUAUCGUAUUUGUCAAAGGCAGCACUACCGGUAUAGCCACGCUCAGCAGGCAGAACUGGAUUUUCCUGGUGCUUUCCGGACUUGCCACCGGCGGUUCAUGGAUCUUUUACUUUAAAGCCAUGCAAUCGGGAAACGUAUCUCAGGUAGCCCCUAUUGACAAAUCCAGCCUGGCAUUAACCUUGAUCCUAUCGGCAUUAAUACUUGGAGAAACGAUCACACUGAAGGUGGCCAUCGGCACACUGCUCAUUUUAGCAGCGUCUUGCGCGCCAGGUGCACCUGAAGGCGGCAUGGGCCAAUACGGCACUCCUGAAGUUGAUUUCUACCAGAUCAAGGCCGAUGUAUUCAAUGAGCAGGUCAAUAAUGCACAGGCUGCCUUAAAAUCCGCAUUGGCCAACCAGGCUACCGCAAAAAUUGAAGUAGAAAAAAUAAAGCCGCUGGUGGAAGGCAAUGUGGUUUCCAAAAUGCAGCUGGAAUCUGCGCAGGCUGCUUACGAUGCGGCCAGUGCCGCGAGUGGCAUGGCUACUUACCUGGAGAUUAUCACGGCGCAGAACAACGCUUUGCAGAAUGACCUGGAGGCCAUCAAUAUCAGGCGGGAUAAGCUGUUUGCACUAACAGAUCUUUACCGUGCCCUGGGUGGCGGAACAGAAUAA